AUGGACCGAGACUAUGAGAGGCGUCUUUUGAGGCAAAUCAACUUCCAGAACCUGCCCGCCGAGGCCCGGUUGACCAGGUGUGGAAGUGUUAACUGCAGCCCCAUCAGCGUGAAGUCAGGGGACCGCUUUAUCCCUACUCGUGCUGGAAGCAACUGGAGCAUCAACUUCCACUACGCCAACGAAAACUGUCGUUCCCCCAGCCAGAACCGGAAAGCAAAAGAUGCCAGUUCGGAUUCGGGCAAAGAUACCGUGGCAUACGCUGCUUUAUUGAGGAAUGAGUUGCUGGGUGCGGGAAUCGAGUCCAUGUCAGAUGUUCACUCUGACGAAAGGCGUCAGGCCGUCUGCUCUCACGGUCUAUUUCGGUUCACUGUCCACACUAAGAGAGUGCCUUUCGAUAGCGAUAACGAAGUUUCACCCUACUCUCUUUCUCCGCUUACUAACAAGAGUCACAAGCUGCUACGUUCGCUUUGUAAACCGGCCCGCAAGAUCUCCAAGAUCCCCUUCAAGGUGCUGGACGCCCCGGAACUGCAGGACGACUUCUACCUCAACCUGGUCGACUGGUCGGCGGGAAACUUACUCAGUGUUGGCUUGGGAGCCUGCGUCUACCUGUGGAGUGCCUGCACCAGCCAGGUUACACGGUUGUGCGAUCUUUCGGUGGAUGGCGAUUCCGUGACUUCAGUUUGCUGGAACGAGAGGGGGAGUUUGGUUGCUGUUGGGACCCACAAAGGUUACGUUCAGAUUUGGGAUGCAGCAGGUGGGCGAAAGCUGAGCACUUUAGAGGGUCACUCAGCUCGUGUAGGUGCCCUGGCGUGGAAUGGCGAACAGCUGUCAUCAGGAAGUCGCGACAGAGUGAUUCUGCAACGAGACAUCAGAACGCCCCCAUCUGCUGAGAAGAGGUUGCAGGGGCACAGGCAGGAAGUGUGCGGUCUCAAGUGGUCCCCUGACCAUCAGCACCUCGCCUCCGGUGGCAACGACAACAAGUUGUUAGUAUGGAACAGCUCUAGCCUGCUUCCGGUACAGCAGUACAGCGACCAUGUGGCGGCGGUCAAGGCCAUCGCCUGGUCGCCACACCAGCACGGGUUGCUGGCCUCCGGGGGCGGCACGGCUGACCGCUGUCUGCGCUUCUGGAACACGCUGACGGGUCAGGCUCUACAGAGCACCGACACCGGCUCACAGGUGUGCAACCUGGCAUGGUCCAAGCAUGCCAACGAACUGGUGAGCACUCAUGGCUACUCUCAGAACCAAAUCUUGGUAUGGAAGUACCCGUCGCUAGCGCAGGUGGCCAAGCUGACUGGCCACUCUUACAGAGUACUCUACCUGGCUGUUUCCCCUGACGGCGAGGCCAUCGUCACGGGCGCGGGGGACGAGACUCUUCGCUUUUGGAACAUCUUCACAAAAACACGUUGCACCAAGGAAUCAAAGUCUGUGCUGAAUCUUUUUACACGGAUCCGAUAG